AUGUUUACAGACGUAAAUGUGGAUGUUUUCAUCAGUAAUUAUACGAUAAUCGAUGCAGAAAUUUAUCAACUAUGGGUAGAAGGUAACACAUUCAUGGAAGCGGUAGCAUUGCUGAAGCAGAAAGGUGGCAUAUUCGCCGACGUUCCUCCCGAAUUGAUUGCGUCGGACGUGCAGGACCAUUAUCGUACUUACGCAAUGUUGGAAAAAUUUCUGCACUCUCCUCCGAAGUUGGCGGAGCAGCUCACGUUUCAGAUUUGCCCCCAGGACCGUUCACUGCUUAUCGAACGUUAUUACUCACUUGACGAUACGGUUGCACGGGAACUGUUCGGCAAAAAGCUCAAUGCACGCAACCGUAAAGAUUUGGACGAGGUAGCCGACAAGACGGGCGUACGCUUAAAGUCUUGCAGAAGGCAAUUUGACAAUGUAAAACGAAUAUUUAAAGCCGUCGAAGAAACGCAAGGUAAUUUGGCGUGCAAUAUUCGUCAACAGUUCUUACUGCCGGAGGAACUGGCACAAAAAUAUGCGGCAGUCGUGUUUAUCGCCUGUCUGCGCUUUGAAACAACCAAGCGAAAGCUGCAAUAUUUAAAUUUUAAGGAUUUUUACGAAUGUGCACAGGCCUUGAUGACUUUCUGGACGUAUACUUAUCAACAUUCGGGUGCAGAUUACUUGGACACCGAAAUGGAUAAAGAAUUUCUGCUGGACUUACGCGAGAUCCGGUAUUUAUUGGACAAGGAGAAGGAAAUUAAGCAUUUGGUAUCGAUGCGUUUGAAACCUACCCUAUUGGAGCGAGCGUACCAGGAGGUGGAAAACAAUUUCCGCUCAUACUAUCGGGCCAUCAUCAUGAUUGCGUGCAAUUUGCAUCGAACGCGAGAGCUAAGGCUGUUGUUUGUUGAGAUGACGGAACGGUUGAUUGAACCUUGGAAGCAGAACGGUUGGACUCGAGAUCAAGUACAGAUGUUCAUGCAGUGUAUGACACAGUGCGUGUUGGAUUUGGAGGUGCCGCGAGACAACCAGGACAUUCGGUGUCUGUGGGACCGUUAUAUGCAAGUCAUAAAUGUAUGCCUGUUCCGAAUGUACCACUCGUAA